CACCAGCCUUAAGGAAACUAAGUUUCUUUCUUCUCUAUGUUUCAGUCCGCUGCUUCAUCAUGAUACUUUUAUUAAAUAUAACAUGAGGAUGACCAGGAUAAACUGCUUUGUGUCUCUGGUGACUUUCCUGUGGAUGAUGAUUCUUGUCAGAGCAGAUACUGACGUGUCCUGUGUUGUCGGGGAGAGCUGCAUCUUACCGUGCAGUUUCCAGAAAGACCCUAAAGUAGUCAUCCGUUGGAUUAAGCGGACGGAAGAACACCCUCGUGUUCACUCAUUUUCCAAGAAUCAGGACCAGCUUGAAAACCAGGACCAGGACUUCAGAGGCAGGACGUCACUGUUCAAGGAUCAGAUCUCCAGAGGAAACGCCUCACUGCUGCUGACAGGAGUCAAGUCUGAGGACUGGGGACAAUACCAGUGUUACACAAGGACAACCAGUGGAAGUGAGAGGUCAAUCAUCAACGUGAAAGUCAAAGAUAAUUCAAUCCCAAUUGGAAGCAUCGUAGGUGUUGUGGUUGGAGGACUAUUUGUAGUAGCAGCAGUCACACUCAUAUGCUCAUGGAUAUACAUAUGCAUACACACAUUCAUAUACUUUCCCCUACGCAUAUAUUAUCUACAGAAAAGGUUGAAAAGAACACAUAACACACGUGAACCCCGAACAGUCCGAUACGUGAGUAAAUGUAUAAAAUUCUCUGCUGCUCUGAAUGAACCACACUACAUAAGUUACCAUGUUAAAGGAGAAUAUUGUUGCCAUGAAGUUACAACUAAUGUUCUAACAUGUGUUUCCUCCAGUGAUUUUAUCUAAUUAUCUGCUGUAGUUUAUUUAGUGAAUGAAUGAAUCAGUUUAACUCCAGCUUUCAAUGAACCACUGUCUCAGCUACAAAGAUGAUUUGAGUCACAGUGUGAGAGUCAGACUGACUGGAAGCAGAGUUCAACUGCAUCCAUGAUAUGAAAACACUCAACUCACUGAAAUGAAGAGAAAACUGAAAAUCACAUGAAGGAAUCAUGAUUGAUGAGAUGGUUUCAUUUCAUCUGUACACGUUGGUCUUUAUCAUCAAUAUUUGUUUUUGAUGCUGAUAUUUUUCCAUUUUCAUUUACCAGAUUCCUGGAACAUCUGAACCAUCAUCUCCUCCAAAUGGUGAAAAUCAACAACAAGACAACAACAGUCAUCUGCUUGAGUCACAUGAAGAGUGAAGUGACUCUGAUCACACUGAUCUGUCCUGUGAUCAAUGAAGGACAUUUUACACAACGAGUCUCUACACUUCACUAAUUCCUACUGCUUCCAAGUUUGCUCCCUGUAAUGACUGAGGCUACUUCAUCAGAUCUAAGGCAACUAGUCAGUGAGGUAACAGCUGCUGCAGCUACAGAUGUUGAGCAGAGGAGCUGGAUGGACUGAGCUUUAAUGUCUGUGUGCUUUUAAUUAUUUAACUGUUUAACUACCACAGUCCAUCUUUAUUCUAGACGUUUUUAACACGUAUCCAAAUGAAGUUUAAAUUCAGGUCCUCUUGUUUAACAGGAGUUUGUUGUAGAUGUUUUGAGUUGUUUAUAGUUUAUCUGAUCUUAAUGUCUACAGAAUUUAAUCUUUUAUUUAAGGCUCAAUAAAUAUAAAAAUAUAAAUGUAAAUUCAUCCUGUAAGAAUACAGUUUUCAUUCUGUUUCAUUGUUUUAUCAAUGUUGUUUUCAACUUUCUGUACACCAGGGGGCACUAAACAACAAGUGAGACGAUGAUUUUAGUUCUUUGUCCGUGCAGCUGCUUCUAAAUGAACCACAGAGUAAGGCUCGGAG